AUGAAUGUCGCCAUCGUCAAUCCGGCAGUCAUUCUACUAGCCGAGGAGUUCAACCUGAAGCCAGUAACUGCAACAUAUCAGACCACUGUCGCAAUCGGUACAAGCGCACUGGGUCCACUUCUUCUUACUCCAAUAGCAAAUGUCUACGGUCGGCGACCAGCGUACCUGUUAUCUGUAUUUCUCGGCUUUGCAUCUGCUGUUGGUUCAGCCAAGGCAACAUCGUUUCGCACACUUAUCGUUGCUCGAAUAUUCAAUGGGAUGGGCUCUUCGGCUGCUCUUGGACUAGGUGCUGGAACGGUGGUAGAUCUCUUCUUUGAACACCAUCGAGGCAGGGCAAUGGGGAUAUUCGCUUUGAUGUCCACGAAUGGUGCUCAUUUAGCUCCCAUUGUCGGUGGAUACGUCGCACAGGCAAGAGGUUGGCGAUGGACCUUUUGGGUUGGAGCAAUUUUAAACGGCGCGUUCUUUGUCAUGGCAUGCAUAUUUAUGCCGGAAACUAUAUUCGAUCGACCGAAAGAACGUAGCACCGAUGAGAAUGUGUUGGACGAUCUCAAAGACAGUGAAGAGAGGAUAGAGGAUGCUAUAACGGGUGACGUGUGCAAGGCGCCUCCAAUGUCCCUAAAGACCUACAUACGUCGGCUUUGGAUAUGGGAUCUCGACAAACCUGCUACACGAAAAAUAAAAGCAACUGACUUCCUCGUCAAACCGUUGAGCAUGCUCAAAUAUCCUUCUGUGGCUUUUCCAGCGUUGUACUACGCCGUGACGUAUGGUUUCGCAUCUAUCGAACCUGCUCUCACAGUGGCGACAUUAUUCACCAAAAUAUAUCACUUUGACACCAUUAGAAACGGCCUGGCCAACGGCGUGAGUCUCCUGGUUGGAGCGACAUUGGGAGAACUGUGUUCAGGCCCUGUAACAGACGCCAUGAUGGCUCGUGCACGGCGGCAGGCUCUUAUACGGGGUGAAACCGCCGCACCAGAGGUGCGCCUUCAAGGAAUCUGGACAGGGGCCGUGACUGUCCCCCUUGGAUUGCUCAUAUGCAAGUCAUUCCGUUCCGAAUGCGAAUGCAUGGCGGUAGCCUGCUUUGGAAUCCAAAUCGUUACCUCUGUAUGCUACACGUACAGCUGCAGCGAUUGCUACCGCUCGAGAAGUAACGACGUCAGCCAAUGCUUCAACUUCUUUCGACAGGUGCUCGGCUUGACCUUGGGAUUCUACUCAAUCCCUUUCGGUGAAAAGAUCGGCUUCGAAUGGUCCUUCACCUUUUUUGCUGGUAUAUGUAUCGUCUCUUUUUUACCGAUUGUUUUCCUCAUGUAUCGAGGAGCAAAAUGGAGGCAAUAUCUUGGUAACCCGGAUUCCAAGUCGGAGUAG